AUGGAGGGCCUGAAAUCAACAAUGAAGAACAUGGAAAAGCAAAUAGGGCAAAUCGCCCAAUCCAUGUCCACGAUGGCCAAGGGUGGAUUUCCGAGCAAUACCGAAGUCAAUCCAAAAGAAAGCUACGAGUCACCAAGGCCAGCUGUAAAACCGACCCCGGUCGAGCCGGAAAUCACCAUUUCAGGGAGUGGUACAAAAGAGGCUAGUAAGCCCAAUAACAUUUCUUUUCCUGAUAAUCCCCCUCUUAUGAUAACUCCUAUUCCUUUUCCGGAAAGACAGAAGAAGAAGAAGUUCAAGGAUCAAUUGAAGAAGUUCAUUGAAAAGAUCAAACAGAUUCGAAUCAACAUCCCUUUUGCAGAAGCCUUGGAGGUAAUGCCAAACUACACCAAGUUCAUGAAGGAAGUCCUAUCCAAGAGAAUUCGGAUCGAAGAAGACAUACCAGUGACACUCAUGGCAACUUGCAGUGCCAUUCUUCAGUCGAAUCUACCACCGAAAAUGAAAGAUCCAGGGAGUUACACUAUUCCUUGUAUUAUUGGAAAUUCUACUUUCGAUAAAGCUUUAUGUGAUUUGGGGGCAAGUAUUAAUUUGAUGCCUAUGUCUGUGUUUCUAAAAUUGGGCUUAGGAAAUUUGAACCGCACUCGCAUGACUUUACAACUAGCUGAUCGUUCAUUGAAAUAUCCCGAUGGGAUUGUAGAAGAUGUGCUAGUUAAAGUAGAUAAAUUCAUUUUGCCUGUUGAUUUUGUGGUACUUGAAAUGCCUGAAGAUGAUGAAGCACCAAUCAUUUUAGGUCGUCCAUUCUUAGCCACUGGUAAGGCGAUGAUAGAUAUGGAAUUAGGAUCUUUAAUGCUUAGGGUAAAUGGGGAAGAAGUUGUUUUUAAUUUGACAGAUGCAUUUAAACACUCUGAGCAUGUUGAGCAUUGCAGUAGAAUAGACGUGAUCGAGGACUGUGUUUCCUCCUUUUUUGAUUUGUAUGAAUUAUGUGAUUCUGUUGAGCACUGCAUUGUUAAUUCUAUUGAUUUGCAUUCUGCCUCCCCUGAAACUCCUAUUGAAAAUGAUGUGCUUGAUUGUGUGUUGUUUCUUGAGUGUGCCGAGAUUUUAGGCGUAGACGAGGUAGGAAUUGUCCCCGAGAUACCAGUUAGUGUGAAAACGGCCCCCGUACUGGAAUUGAAACAAUUACCGGAUUAUCUUUGUUAUGCUUUUCUUGGAGCAGACAAGACUUAUCCGGUGAUUAUUUCUUCUAGUUUGAGCGAGGCCGAAACAAACACACUGCUGGAGGUCCUUAGAGAAUAUAGGUCGGCUAUAGGUUGGUCUAUUGAGGAUAUUAAGGGAAUUAGCCCGUCUAUUUUUCAACACAAAAUUCUAAUGGAAGACGUCUAUAAACCGAGAGUCCAACCUCAGAGGCGGUUAAACCCGUCAAUGAAAGAGAUAGUAAAAAAAGAAGUCUUAAAACUGUUAGGCGCUGGUAUGAUUUAUGCAAUUUCUGACAGUCCGUGGGUCAGUCCGGUGCAGGUUGUGCCAAAAAGGGGUGGGAUGACGGUUAUUGUGAAUGAUAAAAAUGAACUUAUUCCGUCUAGGACAGUCACUGGGUGGCGUGUAUGCUUCGAUUACCGAUUAUUGAAUGCAGCCACUAGAAAAGACCAUUUCCCCCUUCCCUUUAUCGAUCAGAUGCUAGACAGGCUAGGAGGUUUCGAGUAUUACUGUUUUCUUGAUGGUUAUUCGGGGUACAAUCAAAUUUCAAUCGCCCCGGAAGACCAAGAGAAAACUACUUUUACUUGCCCCUACGGUACUUUUGCAUUUCAUAGGAUGCCUUUCAGUUUGUGUAAUGCGCCUGCUACCUUUCAACGAUGUAUGAUGUCUAUUUUUCACGAUAUGGUAGAAGAAUUUCUUGAGGUGUUUAUGGAUGAUUUUUCUGUGUUUGGAUCGUCUUUCGAUCAUUGUGUGCACAAUCUAGAACUUGUUUUGAAAAGAUGUACAGAAAUGAACCUUGUAUUAAAUUGGGAAAAAUGUCAUUUUAUGGUUCGUGAAGGUAUUGUUCUAGGUCACAAGGUCUCAAAAAAGGGUCUUGAGGUGGACAUGGCAAAAAUCGAAACGAUUGAAAAAUUGCCUCCACCGAAGGAUGUCAAGGGGGUUAGAAGUUUUUUAGGGCAUGCUGGGUUUUACCGUAGAUUCAUUAAAGAUUUUUCGAAAAUUGUAAAACCAUUAUGUCAUUUGCUUGAGAAGGAAGCUGUCUUUGAUUUUGAUUAUGCUUGUUUGCAGGCUUUCACGUUUCUCAAGGAGAAGCUAACCCAAUCACCGAUUAUGAUUACUCCCAAUUGGGAGGAACCAUUCGAGAUCAUGUGCGAUGCGAGCGACUAUGCUGUAGGUGCAGUAUUGGGACAGAGGAGGGACAAAAUCUUCAAAGCCAUCUACUAUUCGAGUCGUACACUUGACCAAGCACAUAAGAACUAUUCAACGACCGAAAAGAAAAUGCUUGCUGUCGUUUAUGCCGUUGAUAAGUUCAGACCGUAUAUUUUGGGGUCUCAGGUGAUCAUUUACACCGACCACGCAGCUAUUCGAUACUUGUUUGCAAAGAAAGACGCCAAGUCCCGACUCAUCAGAUGGGUACUCCUACUCCAGGAGUUCAACUUGGAAAUCAGAGACAAAAAGGGGAGCGAGAAUGUAGUAGCAUAUCAUCUUUCCAGACUCAUACUAGAAGAAGUUCCAGCCGGGGGAAAUAUUCAGGAAUCAUUCCCAGACGAGCAACUGCUCGCCAUUAGUACUCACACUCCGUGGUAUGCUGAUGUGGCCAACUUCUUGGCCAGUGGAAUCAUUCCUGACGAUCUAUCUUAUCACCAAAAGAAAAAAAUUCCUUCACGACAGUCGUUUCUAUCUAUGGGACGAGCCGUUGCUUUUCAGAACCGGCCCCGAUCGUGUCAUCCGAAGAUGUGUUCCGGAAACAAAAGUACGUGA